CGUCGACACCGUUUCGGCAACUCGCUCACCCGCUCGCUUGCCUGCCACGGAACGGGGCCAGUGUUGCCGUCGACGGCGCCAUGGAGAACAUCACCGCCGCGACGGCGGCUGACUUAGAGACGGCUGAAGCGUAUUUCUUCCGCCGCGAUCCCCGCACCGCCGACUGGGCCCUGGUAGGCAACAAGCAGUUCAUAGUUCUACUGCUGACGGCCUACGUCUAUAUAGUCAAGGUGGGCGGGCCGCGGUACAUGAAGGACCGCAAGCCGUACGACGGCAUCAAGCCCCUGAUUGUGCUCUACAAUGCGUCCAUGGUGCUCCUCAACUGCUACUUUGUGGUGGCCUUCCUUUCCAAGACAUACUUGGGCGGCGGCUACAGCCUGCUCUGCCAGGGAAUCGACUUCGAGGCGCGGGACGACAGGACCAUGAGCAUGCUGUCGCACGUGUGGUGGUACGUGAUGGUGAGGAUCGCCGACUUCCUGGACACCGUCUUCUUCGUCUUGCGCAAGAAGGACUCGCACAUAUCCGUCCUGCACGUGGUGCAUCACGUCCUCGUGGUCUUCAACGGCUGGUACGGUCUCGCGUACGGUGCCGAUGGUCACGUCGCCUUCGGCAUCGUCUUCAAUAGCUUCGUGCACGUGGUCAUGUACUCCUACUACUUCCUCUCUUUGAUGGGACCCUCGGUACAGAAAUACCUGUGGUGGAAGCGGUACCUCACCCAGCUCCAGCUGGUGCAGUUUGUCAUCCUGUUCUUCCACAUGACUAUUCCACUGUUCAUCGACUGCGGAUACCCCUUGGCGCAAAUGUGCAUUACGCUGCCACAGGGAAUAUUCUUCUUCGUCAUGUUCAUGAACUUUUACAUCAAGAGUUACUGCAACCGAAAAAGGCCUCAGCAUCACUUUGAAUCCAAGAGUAAGGCUCAGUAAGUAUCGCCCGUCUAGGACUUUCGGAAAAUAAGCUCACGCGUGUGCAAUCAGUUCCAUAUGUUGUCCAUGUGAACGCGAAUGCAUAGUUUGUCCCGCCGUCAUUCUUCGAAAAAUAGACUUGAGACAGUUAAGAAACACCGUUGUGUAUUGAUUGCCAGAAACUUGUCCUAGCUGCGAAGACACAGCUAUUUUCUAGGGCCUACAGGUAGGACCUUUUUAUUGUUUACUGCGUCUCUUUUUCUCGUGUAUGUAACUGACAUAGUACGCCUAGAGUGAAUGACAUAAGCAAGUUUUAGUCAUCGUAAAACAUUAUACACAACUUAUGUUCGCGCGCCUGUGUGCCGCAGUUUGAGCCAAUUUCAACGGAAGCACAUUAUAGAGAGAUAGUGACUGAGAACGGAUCUUAGUGGUGUGGUCGGAGGCUGAAAAUAGCGACUCCCAUGUAAGAGGUUCCACAGUGAUGCUUCUAAGACGCCUGAUGAUGCGCGCGUUUGAUUCCUAGCUUUGUCCAUUCCUUGAAGCCAAAUGACAACGUGGCAUCACAGAAGUCAUGCGACGGCUGUAACACACGACACAUCCUUGCUCUUUCGGAGACACAAUGUUUUGGACUGUGUGAUAAGAGUGAACUAUUCUGGGCAUCCUUUCAAGACACGAAGACCAUGACUGUGAUCAAUGAUUUCCUAUGUCACUGCGCUGAUCUGACCCUAAAGGUAGCCUACUAAGCGUUCAUAUUAAGUCUUCGGGUUCUGCUGUGCUUAUGAACGCACCCAUUUCUUUCGUGUAAAUAAGUUGUUUUGUAAAUAAACCCAUUUUAUAUUUG